CCAAAUCAUCUGGAUCCCUGAAAAGAACCGGAAUUCUCAUCAUGAGCAAGGAGCGCCCCCGCGUGGACGCUCGGCUCAGAACGUAGCCUGCUGGAAAAAUGGUGGCCAGCGUACGAGUCCAAAAGCUGCUUCGACGGUAUAAACUAGUGAUUUCCGCUGCGUUAAUGAUCCUCCUGAUCCAGGGACUUGUGGUUUGGAGCCUGAGAAGCUUGGAAGAAGGCCAGGCGGAGGGAAAAACAAGACGAUCCAAGCUGCCUUACCCCAACAGCCAGGACUCUAAGAGAGACAAAUCAAAUUCUUUGUCUGGGCAGAACAGGGGCAGAUGGAGUGCAAGGUUGGAGAGGCAGAGGGGAACAGCGGCCAUUACGCAGAGGAAAGGAAGCAGUCGCCGAGCAGGAAGGCCCAGCGUCAGACAGAAGACUCCCCAGGAGCGAGGGAUGGCGGCGGCCGGGUUAGACGCCGUGGUCUCCCAUGACCUGUCGAGCAGCCGCAACUUCAGCCUGGAUGCAGCAAAACUACAAGCUGCUGGGAUACCCGGGGAGCCAGGGAGUGUGGACGGCGCCCACCAAGCGCCCAACGGUGACUUUAUGCCUAAAUGUGACAUUACAGGCAAGGAUGCACUGUCAGCUCUCCAUCGUGCCGGGUCGCAGCAGUGCAGGCAGGAGAUCGCCAACAUUGUGUGCCAACAUCAGGCGGGGCAGCUCAUGCCAAAAGCGCUCCCACAGUUCUGCCCCCAACUCGGUGUGUCCCAGCCAGUCCAGGCUGCUGAUGAAGUGGACCUCAACCUGUCCAAGGUGGAGAACCCUGUCAGGGUGGCAUUUGUGCUGAUGGUCCACGGCCGAGCAGCACGGCAGCUCAAGCGUCUCAUUAAGGCCAUCUAUCACAGAGAUCAUUACUACUACAUCCAUGUAGACGAGAGGUCCGCCUAUAUGCAUCGGGAGGUCCUGCAGAUAGCCCAGCAGUACCCGAAUGUGCGUGCCACACCCUGGCGGAUGGUCACCAUCUGGGGAGGAGCCAGCCUUCUGAAAGCCUACCUGAGAACCAUGCAGGACCUGCUUGCCUUGCAGGAAUGGAAAUGGGACUUUUUCAUCAAUCUCAGCGCCACCGACUUCCCAACCAGGACCAACGAUGAACUGGUGAUGUUUCUGUCACUGCACCGAGACAAGAAUUUCCUCAAGUCCCAUGGCAGGGAGAAUGCAAGGUUUAUUAAAAAGCAGGGCCUUGACCGCCUUUUCCACGAGUGCGACAACCACAUGUGGCGUCUUGGUGAGCGCAACAUUCCAGAAGGCCUGGAGGUCUCUGGUGGCUCCGACUGGUUCGCUCUCACCCGCCGCUUCGUGGACUAUGUUGUCAGCUCCCGGGACGAGCUAGUGUUGGGUCUGAAGCAGUUUUAUUCCUACGCCCUGCUCCCUGCUGAGUCGUUUUUCCACACGGUGCUUGGGAACAGUCAUAUGUGUGAAACCCUGGUGGACAACAACCUGCGUGUCACCAACUGGAACCGUAAGCUGGGCUGUAAAUGCCAGUACAAGCACAUCGUUGACUGGUGCGGCUGCUCUCCCAAUGAUUUCAAACCACAAGACCUCAUUCGGAUUCAGCAAUUGACUCGCCCAACAUUUUUUGCCCGAAAAUUUGAGUCGACGGUGAACCAGGAGGCUAUAGACAUACUGGACACCCACCUGUAUGGCCAGUAUGCUCCAGGAACUGUUGCCAUCAAGGCCUACUGGGAGAGCAUGUUCGAGCUGCUGGACGGCAUCGGCUCCCUCGGUGACGUGGCUCUUACAUCUUACUCCUCCUUCUUUCGUCUGACCCUGAAGGGUCUGAUGACCUCUCAGAGCAAGACAGAAGCCUGCAGGCUUGAACCAGUAGGCUACCCUCUGUCUGUUAAUUUGUACUUCUAUGAUGAUCGCUUCCAAGGCUACCUCGUUCGUCAGAACGUCCAGGCUGUGGAGUCAAAGGAAAGGGAGACGCUCGAGCUGUGGGCCAUGCCUCAAGCUACACUCAUCUUUGAGACAAACCUCAAAGAGUUUGAGAGGCUCAAGAAUCUGGAAAUCGGGGCAGACUGGGAUCCCAAAGAAAGGAUCUUCCGUAACUUCGGCGGCAUCAUCGGCCCUCUAGAUGAGCCGCUAGCAGUCCAGAAGUGGGCCCCUGGUGCCAACCUCACAGCCACUAUAGUGUGGAUCGACCCGGCUCAGGUUGUAGCAGCAUCCUAUGACAUUACCGUGGAGAUGGAUGCAGAGUACACGCAGUACAAACCGCCUCUACAGCACCCCCUACGGCCUGGCACAUGGACAGUGUGGGUGUUAAAACAGUGGAAGCGCGUAGCGGAGGUUCGCUUCCUUGUAAUGCCGCUGACCUUUAAUAAUAAAGAGCCACUGCGCAGAGAGGAGGACAGCUGGCUCCAUUCAGGCCCUCCUGGCAACUUGUACCUGGAUCAGAACUUCCAGCAGCUGAGCUCUGUGCUGAAGCUGCCUCCUCAGGAGCCCGCCAUGCAGGUGGCCCAACGUAAUGCUCAGCUUGUGGGCCAGCACCUUGAAGCGUGGGUGGACAGCUUGGUGGGGACUUUCUGGGUCAUAGGCGACCUUUGUUCUACAAAGACCUCAUCUUGCCCAGCUGUGGGGCUCUGCUCAAAAACCACCUGGAGCUCUCUUUCUCCAGAUCCAAAGUCCGAACUGGGCCCGGUCAAAAGUGAUGGGCGGAUCAGGUAGCCCAAGGAGUAGAGGAACUACUGCUGACUUUUAAUAUGCACAGAAAUGCUGCUGCAGAGCUGAACAUACAUGGGUGAGCCUGAGUGUCCUUGAGGUCAGCAAUGAGCUGAUGGGCACAUACACCAUGAUCCUCCUUCACUAAGAAGAUGUUACAGGCAGAAACAAGGAGAGGACUGCAGAAAAUUUGCACAUACACUGCAAGCGCUAAGAAAAACGUGUCAUGAUUUGGUGAAUGGGUACAUGAACAACACAUGUUUUGGUAUGAAUUUAGCUGCCGCAUAUUUUUCUAGUCACACAACUGUCUCAGUGGAAAUGCAAGAGCACGAACGGCACAGUGUCCGUCUGUCUCCUAAAAGCAGCUGUGCUCCAUCUUCAUUUCAAGGGAGAGUAGAACCUCUGGAUCUUAUUAAUGUGCUUAUUUUGAAGCAUUACAAGAGAUGCAUGAAGUGCACUUUACUGCAAGAUGUUGGUACAGAGUUCCCU